CACAAUCACAAACCCCACCCACCAACUAAUUUGCACACCCCUCACAAUCACCACACGGCUGCGCUACGCGGUGUACCACGACGCCGACAAGCAGCAGCCACUACCCCCAAUGGCCAAGUCCAAGCCCACGCCCGCGCCGCUCCGGCCAGCAGAGAAGACGUAUGACAUUCCGACCGUCUCGUUCCGCGUCAUCACGGACGAUGCGGCGCUGCUCGCGCCGGCAGGCGUGCACUCGGAGCAGGCGCGAUCAUAUGGCUACAACGAUUUCACCGACUUUGAGCGCCCAGCCCACUAUAUCCGCUACAUUGAGCCGAUAGAGUCCGAGCUCGCCGUGCAGGUCGAGUAUGACAUGGACGAGCAGGACCAGGAAUGGCUCGACGCCGUCAACGCUUCGAGGAAGAAGGACCAGUCGGGCCCCAUCUCGUACGAGGUGUUCGAGAUCAUCUUGGACCGGCUCGAGAAGGAGUGGUUCAACUUGAUCAAGCGUAUUCCCCAGCCUGCGUCGCAUCUCCCCGUCGAGGACUCGAAGUGCGCGAUCUGCGAUGACGGCGAGGGCGAGAACUCGAACGCGAUCGUGUUCUGCGAUGGCUGCAACCUUGCUGUUCAUCAAGACUGCUAUGGCGUGCCGUACAUCCCAGAAGGGCAGUGGUUGUGCCGCAAGUGCACAGUAUCGCCAGAGAACCCCGUGUCAUGCUUGUUCUGCCCGAAUGAAGGAGGCGCGUUCAAGCAGACGACAACAGGCCACUGGUCGCACUUACUCUGCGCGAUCUGGAUUCCCGAGCUCGGCGUCGGAAACGCCAUCUACAUGGAACCCGUUGAGGGCGUCGAGAUGGUGCCGAAGAACCGAUGGAAGCUUGUGUGCUCCCUGUGCAAAGAACGCGCCGGCGCCUGCAUCCAGUGCGAGAAUAAGAACUGCUUCACGGCGUUCCACGUCACAUGCGCUCGCCAGAUGGGUUUGCUCAUGAGCAUGAAGCUCAUGGGCUCGGACGGCCAGCUCAAGGCGUACUGCGAGAAGCACCUGCCUGCCGACUGGCGUGACGCGCGCAACAUGGACGAUGACGACGAAGACGAUACCGACUACCAUGACACUGACGAGGACUCGGAAGACCGCCCUAUUGCACCAAAGCGUCAGCGGAAGAACUCGACGACGACCAAGACAGUGACGACCAAGACGGCGCGCGCCCACGCCAAGAGCUACCGCCCUGGCCCACCCAUCGUGCCGCGCCUGAUCGUGAACAAGCUGGUCGACUAUGUGGGCAAGCUCUCGAUCCGAAAGCGACAGCCUUUCAUCGAGAAGCUCUGUCGCUACUGGAGUCUGAAGCGCGAGGCAAGGCGAGGAGCUCCAUUACUCAAGCGUUUGCACCUCGAGCCAUGGACAGCGACGAGCGAGUCCAGAGAGCAGACGGAUGCGCAAAAGGCCCAGAAGCUAGAGUUCCUUCUCGCAUUGAGGAACGACCUGGAGAAAGUCCGACUACUGGCCGAGCUUGUGCGCAAGCGAGAGAAGGAGAAGCUGCGACAGGCUCAAGUCAUCAAGGAGGUGGUUGACAACUUCAUCUUCCCGCACUACGCCGCUCUGCGAAGUACUCUCGAGAAGGUUGUUGCGAUGGACCGAGGCGAACUCUUCUUCCACCCUGUCAACACUGCCGAGGUCCCGGACUACGCUGAUGUGGUCAAGGAGCCGAUGAGCUGGUCGGGUAUCGAGGAGAAGCUCGACAACAUUGCUUACCUGGACGUGGCUGAGUUUAAGGCGGACAUCAAUCUCGUGCUCUCCAAUGCCAUGCUGUACAACAAAUCUGAAACUCCCUUCCAUCGCACAGCUUCGCGCAUCAAGAAGAACGUCAAGCCUAUCCUUGACGAGCUAGACUCAAUCCCACUGGAAUCCGCCUUGCUCCCCGAUGAUGACACGCUAGCCGCACCUCCCAAUGGAAGUGUUGGAGACCUUGAGGUGUCGCUCGUUCGACUGCAGACCCUCCUGACUCCAGACUCCACGGAGCCGACUCGUGACUUGCUGGCAUCCAUCUUCGUCUCAGAGAUUGAAAAGCAAAAGCCACGGUCGCCUACUCCACCUCCUCAGACAACGCAGCCACAGAAGCGUGUUCGCAAGCACAUGUCUGCUGCUGAGAAGAAGCGACUGUUCGAGGAGCGGGACGCCGCCUACAAGGAGCGUAUAAGCCUUGGAGUAGGAUCAACUCGUCGUUCACGCGGAGGACCUCUUGACGGCCUGCCCACCGAGGUGUCGUCUCCUAUGGACGUCUCAACAACCCCUGCUACGCCCCAGGAAGAAGAGCAGCCAGUGGCUGAACCCAGUCGCCGUCGGACCACCCGCCAAGGGCCGCCCGGUGCCAUUGAGGAGCUUGCGGAUGGCGAAACGUCUGCAAGGUCGUCUCCAGGCAGAAUCCGUCCCCAGGCUCGCCCCCAGCGCGGUGUGCUCGGGCUGCAGUCCGUCGCGGUUGUGUCUGACCGCGAACGGAGAGAACGAGAGAAGCAACUUGAUCUCGUGGCCGAUGAGAUUGGUGCUGCGGACGAAUACAAGCGCUUCAACGUUGGGUGGAUCUUACCUGAGGGCUCGAAACGCAAGCGUGCCGCCCCUCCACCACCACCGCCGCCCAAGCAGAAGACGCGCACACCAUCAGGUAGGCAGGUGUCAAGCGGCCGCGCUAACACGAUUCUAGUCUCCCAUGGAAGCAGAAGCAGUGUCAAGGCUCCAACAGGCUCUCCGCAGCCAUCAGAGCGGAGUAAGGGACGAGCGUCGUCUUCAGCCGAGCCGGCGUCAAGGCCGUCCAAGAAACGGAGAGCCGAGUCGCAUGACUCGGAGUCCAAGCCAUCGAAACGCGGACGACCUGCUGAGGAGCUCAAGGAGGUGGUAGAAGAGUUGACUCCUGUCCCCGAGUCGGCGCCAACAACAGCCGUGGAGGCGACAUUCCCCAGAAGAGGUGAAAGCUUGACACCUCCACCCGAGGAGCCCGAAGCACCGGAAGCGCCGCCUGAGGAGGACGUCAAGCCGGCAGUAGAAAGUCCUGCGAAGGUGGUCGAAGAUGCUGCCGUCGACGAGACGCCGGCGGCGGAAGUGGCACCCGCUGAGGAGGUGCCCAAGGAGAAGCCAAAGGCGCGCACCCCGAAGAAGAAGGGCUCGAAGGCGGACGACGAUUUCCCGCCUGGAACUCAAGUCUGGGCAAAGGUGACUUCCUACCCCUACUUCCCCGGCGUUGUUAUCGAUCACGUUGAUAAGUGGGACACAGUCCCGCAAUCAGUCUUAGAUUUAGAAGACCAGUCGAAUGGCCGGACGUGGCUUGUGCGCUUCCACGAUAAGCAGCGCAGCUAUGCCUGGGUCCACCGCGAGAGGAUGGAGAAGAUUGGCGCAGAUGACGCACGCGAUCAAAUCUUCCUCAGCGGCAAGGAGCCUGGUGGCCGGUCACAAAAGUUCAAGUCGUCUCAUGUCAAGCAGGCUUGUCGUAAAGCCUACCAACAAGCACUGGCCGAUCUCUAG